AUGAACGAGCGAACGGUUUGGCAAGCCUCGAACUUUCGCGACUGUCUGGAUUGGUUUCCGACGAAUCCGAGGCGAAAUAAUAUGGAACUGAACCUCAAUUCGAACUCGCUGCUGGGCCCAGCUGGUGGCUACUAUUCUUACAACACUGCCUCGGGCUUCCGACUCCAGUGCGCACUAACUGCGGAGAUUGGCUGCGAUGCAGCGCCGCAACGUCCGCGUGCGCCUUCCCGUAGCUUGUCUCUCGCUUGCGCCGUUGUCAUUCAUCAGAGGCUCGCCUCAGUCCAUCACCCACUUCGCCUCCGCGUAGUGCCGUCCACUCGGUCUCGCGACAUCUCCUCUUGCGUCGUCACCAGGUAUAGAAAGCAGGUUAAGCUGGCGCCCAUCGGGAUCUCCCAGCUCCAACUCGACUGCGAGUAUCCUCCAGUCCCUUCCGAUGGAGCGGGACUGGAAGAGGGGUACCGCAAUUCCGAGGAGAUGGGUACAUUACUGGCUCAUCCCCCCAAUUCGGACGUGACGAAUGGAAGCCGAGAUCCCACUCAUGUACUCCUGAGUCCCCGAGUUGGCGGCACAAACAACCCGUUUCAUCCCAUGAGCAGGAGGUCGUUGUCCCAGAAACGCAUGCAGGAGCCGUCGCCGCAUCUUCUUUUGAAGCUGUUCAAGAGUCAGCGUAGUCUUGAGGAUGAAGACCCCCCACACGACUUAGACUUGAGGGCGGAGCUUAACGAUGACGACAGCGGAAAAGAUCACAAGAAGGAUCAUGGUCAUGUUUCAAUGUUCGGAGACAACGCAGUGUUGCAACAUUGUAGCAGCAGCCUCUCUGGUCAUUUUGGGGGUCCCAAGAAGAACUGGCGACAAUCAGCCUUUUACUUCUCUACCCUCCUGAUUAUCAUAUUCUUCCUGCUCAAGAUCAUGUACGUGGGGUUGUUUUCCGCUCAGGACCAUUCUCCAGACGUCUUGGAGUACCAUGAUAGGACGAUUUUAUUGAAUCCUUUUAAACUGGAAUCAAGUAACGCCAUCGAUGAGAGCAAGAAUGGCAAUAUCCUUGCCAGUUCCUCAAUUCUGAAGAUGCCCAAUCGGCGAGGCAUCCCGGAACAGUUUAGUCAGGCUUCAGGUCCUGGUGAUCUGUGGGGAAAGCCAGCCAGUCAGAUGUAUGGCCAGUGCAUCGAUCGAGCUAAGAAGGCAGAGAAGCCUGGAGUAGCGACAAAUGGAUACAUUCUAGUAAAUGCAAAUGGCGGUUUGAAUCAGAUGCGUGCAGGAAUUUGUGACAUGGUGGCAAUUGCUAAGCUGAUGAAUGCUACACUUGUCACCCCCAAACUUGACCACAGCUCUUUCUGGGCAGAUCCAAGUGAAUUUAAGGACAUUUUUGACUUGAAAUAUUUCAUCGAAUCGCUCGGAGAAGACGUCAAUAUUGUGGACGCUUUACCACCACAUCUCGCCCAGCUUGAGCCUGUGACUAAAGCGCCCGUCUCUUGGUCGAAGGCAUCUUACUACGAGAAGGAACUGCUACCCCUCCUUAAGCAGAGCAAGGUGCUGUACUUCACUCACGCCGACUCAAGGCUGGCAAACAAUGAUCUGCCUGAUUAUGUGCAGCAUCUGAGAUGUCGAGUCAACUACCAAGCGCUCCAGUACUCGGAACCCAUUCGACGAUUGGCGAGCACCCUCACCAAUCGCAUGCGUAAGAAGGGUCCUUACUUAGCUUUGCAUCUGAGAUUCGAGAAGGAUAUGCUCGCGUUUACAGGAUGUGCGCAUGGUCUCUCCAACAAGGAGGCCGAUGAGCUGAAGCAAAUGCGUUACGAAGUCAAACAUUGGAAGGAGAAAGAGAUCGAUGGAGAGGAGAAGCGUAAGCUGGGUGGCUGCCCUCUCACUCCCCACGAAGUAGCCCUAAUGCUGAAAGCUUUAGGGUAUCCAUCCUCAACUCAAAUCUACAUCGUGGCUGGGGAAAUCUAUGGACAAGGUGCUAUGGAUAGUCUUCACAAAGAGUUUCCGAACGUGUAUAAUCAUGCUACGCUUUCAACGGAGGCAGAGCUGGCUUCCUUGAAGAAGUAUCAAAAUCGGCUUGCUGGCCUAGACUACAUGGUGGCCUUAGAGAGUGAUGUAUUCAUUUAUACGUAUGAUGGAAAUAUGGCCAAAGCUGUGAAGGGCCACCGACAGUUCGAGGGUUACCGGAAGACCAUUAGCCCUGACAGGCAGCAGCUAGUGAAGCUGAUCGACGACUAUGAAGGAGGCGCCAUCGCGUGGAAGAAUUUUGAAGGCCAGGUGCGCAAGAUCCACAGCAACCGAAUAGGGGCGCCGCGCUGGCGAAUGCCUGGAGAAUCGCCCAAGUUAGAGGAGAAUUUCUACUCCAACCCUUACCCAGGUUGUAUUUGCAAGAAGGAUCCUCCGAACCGACGUUUCCUCCGAAGACCGUGAAGAUCAGAGCUGGUAUCUUCAUCAUCUAAUUGCUCAAGUAUGCAAGCGCAUGGUUACAUGUGAGUUUUUUGUCGUCGAUUUAUUCAUUGCGAAUAGGAGUGCGAGCUGGGCGUGGACCCGACGUUAAGCACCGUAAAAGUCUUCCUGAUGGUCUUCUACAAUCACCGCAAGGAGUUUUUAGCUAUAGACUGCAGGCCCAGAUCCAGGUUCAUGCAGUUACAGUUACAAAUUCCUUAUGGGGUUAUAAUUUUUUUCCAAAAAAAUAUUCAUGGGGGUAACCGUGAGGCUUUUUUCACACUUGAUUGGCCACGAUAUAAAGUUCCCUGAAGCGUGUUCACCCCAAGCCCCGAAGAGAUUAGCUUGUGACUAGUAUUAAGUUCUGGCUGACCAACCGUCCACAGGAAUGCAACGGAACCGAUUCCUGAAUUCCACUGCUGGUGUCAGUGUAUGGUCGCCCCUUAGACAUCCUCCAUAGGUUCUUGCUCAUUUACCGGGUACUUCCCCAUUAAUUGUAAAUUCAAUAAAAACCUGAUAUUCUGGAAA